AUGAAAAUGUACGCUAUCCUUCUUGCUUCUAUGAUAGCGUUCGCUAGUGGGUUACAGAAACAAACCAAAAAGGCGGAGAAAGUCAAACUAGCAGUUUAUUACAACAGCAAGAACCCCGAGUUUCGCCGCUUCAUGGUCGCACAACUUUACCCGACUUCUAACAAGAUUCCCAACAUUUUAGACAUCUCAAUGGUGCCUUUUGGCGAUGGGAAGGAAAUCAAGGCAAAAAGUGGCUUUCAAUAUUACUGUACCAAUGGCGCUGAAGAAUGCCUUGAGAACUUGAUCCAAGCGUGUGCUGUCGCCACAGAGAAUAACCCCGAGAUUUUGACAUCGUUUGUCGGCUGUUUGUCGUAUUAUGAUGGGAGUGUGGAUAAAAUAGCGAAGUACUGCUCAAACCAGAUCAAAGACUACGAGAAGGUCGAGUACUGUUUGAAAAACACUCAAGGAUUAGAAGUGAUGCAUUAUAUGGCAAAGAAAACAAGUGGUCUUCAACCUAAGAUGUCUCACUCGCCUUGGAUCACAGUGAAUGGGGAACACAGCGAGUUCAUUCAGCAGCAGGCCAUGGAGAACUUACUACAACUGGUUUGUAGUAAGUACAAGGGAACCCUUCCUUAUGCUUGCAAGCAUGACGGCCAAAAGAAGGUCACCGCUUGA